AUAACCACAAAAGCAAAUGCCAUGCUUCCUAAUAUCAGCUAAUGCAGUUCCUCUCAGCUCUGGUCCUGGCCACAGCACUGCAUUCUAUAUAUCUUCCUUAUUUACAUGCCUGAUUCACACAUAGAAAUGUCGUGGGUCCCUAGAUACAGAGUUCUGAACCACUGACCUAAAAGGAGCAUGUUCAAGGAGAAUAUCAAAUGGCCUAGGACCGAGCCUUGUGGCACAACAUACUUUUCUUUUUGGGGGGGUCAAAUAUUUUAGCAAACUCAGGUAGGAUCUAAACCAGACUAGUGCCUGUCCACGAUUGGCAAAACAUAAAAUGAAGAUACUAUGUUUGCUGAUGCCCUGUUAUCCAUGAGGUAAAUUGCACGAAACAAAUGUUUUCAGUUAGGUUGAUAUGAGCGCAUGCAUUAAGCACUGUAUUUUCACUCAUAGCGUGUCCAUUCCUAUGUCCGAGAGAUACUGGCCCAAGAAUGCAGACCUUCUUUUGCCCGGCAGAGAAUGGAAGCUGAACAUUACAGCUCCACACCAGUGCUAGAGCCCUUUUUGGACAAGAACACUCAUUUGAAUGAACAAAUAUUCCAAUAUUCUCCACCGUUUGGUUUCCUGGAUAUGAAGAACAAGCUUCAGGAGAUCCUGGACCUCCUACCAGCCUCCUCUGAGGAGAGACGUGGAGUGAGGGACUGUCGUCGAUGUCUAGUGAUUGGAAAUGGAGGGAUACUGAAAGGAUUAGGGCUCGGACCUCUUCUUAAUCAGUUCGAUACCAUCAUCAGAUUGAACAGCGGUCCUGUGCGAGGUUUCAGUGCAGACGUUGGGAAUCGCACCUCCAUCAGGAUGAGUUAUCCUGAGGGCUCCCCGAAGGUCUGGGAA